AUGGAUCAUGACGUCAUGGCUAACGGUGGCAGUAAAUCUCCAGCUGGUUCUGGUGCCGGUACAAGAGGAGCGACCGGUGGAGCACGUCAAAGAAGGUCAACCGCUACCGUUUCGAAACGUCCUCUUACAUCGACCGCUCCAAAAAGUCCCGUGUUUCUUUUUUACUCUGAAGACUCACCCGGCAUUAAGAUUGGUCCAGUUCCGGUUUUGAUUAUGUGUCUCUGUUUCAUUGGAGCCGUAUUUUUGCUUCACUUCUGGGGCAAGUAUACCCGAAGUGCUUAA